AUGGGCAAGUCGCAUCCCAGCCUGCGGGCAGAAGGAGAGCGCAAUGUAGCCCUUGGGAGGUGCCGGGGUGACGACUGGGGUGACGAUGAGGAAGGUGAUGAACAUCCCUGCAGGGUCAAACAUAGCAUUACUAGGAUCCCCGGAGCCCUGAACGGCCACUUGAUCUGCUCCAUCUCCGAGCGCUGCGCCUCCUCCGGCCUGCAUUGGUACGACGGAGCCGGCGCGCGGAUCCUGGAGGAAACUGAAGCUGGCAAAAGCAAUAGGCUGAGCAUGCGCAUCAUCUGGCAGCACCGGGGGGCGGCGCUGGAGUGCCGGGUGCAGGGCUACCGGAAUAGGUGCCUCCUCAAAAGGUCCCAGCCUCCAGCCACAGGCCGGCCCCCCCGCCUGAAGGUCCUGGUGGACAUGGACGGCCCAGGCCCGAUCAGGGAGGGCGACUCAUUCACGCUGAGAUGUGUGGGGGACAGCGGGUCGCUGGACCAGGUCUACUUCUGGAUUCACAAUGAGGAGCUGCACGGGGGCCCCUCUAGGCAGAUUGAAGGGGCGACCUUGUCUGACGGGGGCAAUUACACCUGCAUGAAGUGGGUCUCCGACAUAGGACGUGCUUACCUGGCCAUAUCCCCCACCACCUAUGUGGCCAUCCUUGUCCCCCCUGUGGUGCAUGUGGUGGCCACCCCAGGCCCUCAUCGCAGCACGGGGGAAUCCCUGUCCCUGUCGUGCCGGCUGGACACCAGCGCUUUUGGCGGAUUGGGCUUCUCCUGGUACAAGGAUGGCGAGCGGCUGGGGUGGGCACAGGCAGAACUGGCUUUCCUGGGAGUCCAGGUGGCUGAUGGGGGAGA